AUGAUGUCACUAGAAACAAUAUCGAAUAAUGAAGGAAUACGGCAGGGAUCAACUAAUGAAAGCCCUCACACUCAUACAUAUCUAGAUCAAUUAGACAUCCCGCAAAUAACGUUGAGAUCCACUAUAGUUGGAUUACUAAUAGGUUCAUUGAUCCUUAUAUCGAAUUUCCAAUUUGGAUUACAAACUGGAUGGGUUUCAAUGAUGUCCUUACCAGCUGCCUUACUAGCGUUUUCAAUUUUCAAGUUGUUGCCAAUAUCCAUUGCUAAGAAUUUCACCGAUGUGGAAAAUGUAUUUGUCCAGAGUAUUGCUGUUGCAGUAGGAACAGGUCCCUUAUGUUACGGGUUUAUUGGUAUAAUCCCCGCAAUGGAAAAGUUUAUGACUAAUGAAGAAAGUGGGUUGGGCAGACCUUUGAAUUUUGGGUUGGGUCAGUUAAUGAUCUGGUCGUUGGGACUCGGAUUAUUCGGGGUAUUUUUUGCCAUACCGUUGCGGAAGCAAGUUAUCGUAAAGGAAAAAUUACCUUUUCCAUCUGGUAGUGCUACUGCAACUUUGAUUUCAGUUUUACAUGGAAGUGAUAUAUAUCAAGAUAAAGAGGUGAGCGAUGAAAAGAUACUUAUCGAUGAAGAAGAAGAAGAAGGGGAAAAUGGACUGGAGAAUUUAACCCAACAAUCAUCAAAAUCACGACUAAUAACUGCAACUACUACCAGCAUUCAAGAUGAUUAUGAUUCCAAUAUGAGAUCAUUAAUAAUCACAUUUAUAAUAUCAGCAGCAUACACCAUACUUUCAUUUUUCAUUCCUAUUUUGAAAAAGAUUCCUAUAUUCGGUACUUACCUAUCAUCUCACUAUCUAUGGAAUUUUCAGCCAUCUCCAGCAUACAUAGGUCAAGGUAUCAUUAUGGGGUUACCAACAGUCUCGUAUAUGUUAUUUGGUGCCAUCUUAGGUUGGGGUGUAUUAGCUCCAUUGGCAAAACAUAUGGAAUGGGCACCUGGAAGAAUUGACGAUUGGAUAAAUGGGGGACAAGGCUGGAUCUUAUGGAUUAGUUUAACGGUGAUGAUUAGUGAUUCCUUGGUGUCUUUUAUUGUAGUGAGCAUAAAAUCAAUUAAUAAUGCUUUAGAAAGUUUUAAACAAAGAAGAGAUUUAGAUCAAUAUCUUGAAUUACAACAGAACCAACAAAAUGAGUACUUAUUACUGGAUCAAGAGGAAACUAGAUCGCUGACCUCGUCCAAUGAAAAUCCCGAAAAUAGUACCUAUGAUGGCAAGAAGAAUAAAGAAGAUAGCAAAUAUACAAUGGAAGUUCCUGAAAGACAUUUAAUUUCAACUAAAUCGACAGUAAUAGGAAUUGCUGUAUCUACAUUGCUUUGCAUUAUUUCUUUGAAACUAGUGUUUGGAAAUACAGUUCCCAUAUAUGCAUCAUUAGCAGCAAUUAUAUUGGCAAUGUUCUUCUCAAUAUUAGGGGUAAGAGCAUUAGGAGAGACUGAUUUAAACCCCGUGAGUGGGAUUGGGAAAUUAUCACAAUUGAUUUUUGCAUUGAUAAUUUCAAAUGACCAUCCAGCGAAAAUUUUGAUUAAUUUAGUUGCUGGUGGAGUUGCUGAAGCAGGAGCUCAACAAGCAGGAGAUCUCAUGCAAGAUUUGAAAACAGGUCAUUUAAUUGGUGCAUCACCAAAAUCUCAAUUUAUUGCUCAGAUAUUGGGCACUUUAUAUUCCGUUGGAUUGAGCUCAAUCAUGUACAAAGUGUACAAUAGUGUGUACCAGAUACCGAGCGAGAUGUUUAGAAUUCCAACUGCAGUGGUUUGGAUCGAUUGCUCAAGGUUAGUUACUGGUCAAGGAUUGCCUCCUCACAUCCGUGAAUUUGCAUUGGUUUUAGGGGUUAUUUUCGGUCUUAUAUCGUUAUUGAAAAAUACUGUUUCUCCCACUUCACUGUAUCAUAAAUAUUUGGUUUAUUUGCCAAGUGGAGUAGCCGUUGGUGUAGGUAUUUACAACACCCCAAAUUUCACUUUGGCAAGGUUUAUUGGCGGGUUGAUCUGUUACAAUUGGCAGAAGAUUGGUCCUAAUGGUAAAAUUGGUAUGAUUAUAUUCAGUAGUGGGUUGGUACUAGGUGAGGGACUUUUUAGUGGCUUCACUAUGCUUUUAACUAGUUUGGGUGUUAAGCACUGGUAA